AUGCCUCGUCGAGUGUCCAGCUCCCUCCUAAGCAGCUCACCUCCGACUCCCUGGCCGUCCUUUUCGCCGUCAGAAAAGGGCGGCAGCCUCGUCAACAAGACAUCUCAAAAAGCAAGCAAAAUCGCACAAUUUUUCUCGACUUCGCCAAAGACAAAAGAGGCCCAGUCGGCUGCUGCUGCGCUGCUGGCAGCUAGCAAGGCUCAAGAGCAGGCAUUUCUGGCUUCUGGGUCUCCUCCCAUAAGCACACCCUCGCUUUCAUUACCUAGUAUUUCCUUAUCGACUGCGCAAGCAGAUUCGGCAAAUAUGGACGAGCCGCCCACCACUCUUUUCCAGCCACCUUCUCCGGCCGAGACGCGAAAGUUGGCGCGACAACAUGCCCAGUUCGGCCCGUUAAAUUCCCAGUCUCACAGAUACACAAGUCGGCACCAAGGGGGUGAAUUUCCAGAACCAGUCAUGGACGAGCCUCCCUACUACUAUCUUUUGACGACCUAUAUCUCCUAUCUGAUUCUUAUAAUAUUCGGACACGUGAGAGACUUUUUUGGCAUGAAGCUGAAAGAGGACAACUACCGGCACCUCAAAGCACGGAAUGGCUAUGCGGCCCUCAACAAUGAUUUUGAUAAUUUCUACGUCCGGCGAUUGAAGAUGCGCAUCAAUGAUUGUUUCAACAGACCUACCACCGGAGUGCCCGGAAGAUUCAUUAAUUUGCUGGAUCGGACAUCGGAUGAUGGGAACGUCCAUUUCACUAUGACUGGCACGACGACCGAAACUUUGAAUAUGAGCUCUUACAACUAUCUAGGCUUUGCGCAAUCCGAAGGUCCCUGUGCCGAUUCGGUCGAAGAGACAAUCAGGAGAUGUGGACUGUCAACCGCCAGCCCGCGAAGCGAGGUGGGCACUUCUGAACUAGCCGUCGAAUGCGAGACUCUUAUUGCCGAUUUUGUUGGCAAGGAAUCUGCAAUGGUCUUCUCAAUGGGGUUUGGUACCAACGCCUCCAUUUUCCCUGCCCUGGUGGGAAAGGGUGACUUGAUUAUCUCCGACGAACUCAACCACGCAUCCAUCCGAUUCGGCUCACGGCUUUCUGGUGCCAUGAUCUCAUCGUUCAAGCACAACGACAUGAAGGAUCUCGAGGGCAGGCUCCGCGAGGCAAUUUCUCAAGGACAACCACGUACGCAUCGCCCCUGGAAGAAGAUCCUCGUUGUGGUGGAAGGCUUGUAUUCGAUGGAAGGCACGAUGUGCAAUCUUCCAGGGCUGGUCAGGUUGAAGAAGAGAUAUAAGUUCAACCUCUUUGUUGACGAAGCCCACUCAGUCGGCGCGUUGGGACCACGCGGAAGAGGUGUCUGCGACUACUUUGGAAUCGACCCCUCAGAAGUGGAUAUUCUUAUGGGUACUCUGACCAAGUCCUUUGGUGCGAAUGGGGGAUAUGUAGCUGGUGAGAAGGCUGCCAUCGACAAACUGCGACUAUCCAACGCAGGCACCGUCUAUGGCGAAACUCCGAGCCCCGCGGUCCUGGCCCAGAUUAUUGCCGCUCUCAGAAUCAUCAACGGCGAGCUGGUACCGGGUCAGGGUGAGGAGAGAUUGCAGAGGAUUGCGUUCAACUCUCGGUAUCUUCGCCUGGGUCUCAAGCGUCUCGGGUUCAUUGUCUACGGUCACGACGAUUCCCCCAUUAUCCCCCUCAUGCUCUACAACCCGGCCAAGAUGCCCGCCUUCUCUCAUGAGAUGCUAAAGCGCAAGAUUUCGGUCGUCGUUGUCGGAUACCCAGCCACCCCCCUUAUCUCCUCACGAGCUCGAUUUUGCGUUUCGGCUGCGCAUAACAAGGACGAUCUCGACCGGCUCCUUGCAGCAUGCGACGAGAUUGGAAAUGUGCUCCAGCUCAAGUUUGCGAGUGGCAUCGCUGGCGGUGCUCCUCCUCUACCCGAGGGCGUGACGUGGGAGAUGGAACAAAGCCGGAAGCGACUGGAAAAGCACGACAAAGUCGCCAAGUCGUUGGUAGUCUCGCCUCGAUGGAGCCUGGACGAAGUCAUUAAGCGUGGCGUUCAGGAUGUCAAGGUCCCGCUGCGGUAA